CACUACUUGAAAGAGAAGGUGCAGGAAGGGGGGAUUAUUAUAUAUGCAAGGAGAGGAGGCGGGAGGGGAGGCAGGAGGUAGAGGGUUCCCCCCCCCCCUUGCCCCCCCAACCAACUUUUGGGUGAUGGAGGAACACACGAGGCAGGCUAUUGGUCAGUGUUACGACGAGGGAAUAGUACAACUGGCAGCCGAUGUGGGGGAGGUGGUAAUUGAUGAGCGAGGGAAGUGGUUCAAAGUCAACAAGUCCUACGAUGCCAUCAAAGAGAGAUGGUUGAAGGAAAGGACCGUUAUAUUGAUUUUUCAGGAUGAAGCGCGAGAUUUGAUGAGGAGUGUAAAGGAAGAUCUCAUCAGAUCUUACGAGGAUGGAUGGAUGGCGAGAAGACUCUUCAACCCUGAAAUACGGCGAGGAAGAAUUACCUUCGAGAGUCGGAAUGUGGUCUCUUAUGUCGCCAAAGCGGUGGAGGUAGCAACCUGGCUGGUCCAGAAACGCUCCCUGAAGCUGAUACUAAGGGGGAUCAAGUAUCCGGUAAUGGUCAAACUGUGGUUGACAAAAGGGGAACUAAAGGACUUGAGGCUGCGGGAGGCAGAAACGAAUUUCUGGAUCAUAGCUUUGAGGGUUCCGUUGGAUGCAAUGUGUUAUCUUCCGUCUGCUGCGGAAGGGCUGUUUGGCGGCACUAACCAAUUGGAAUCGGUGAUCAUGGCAAUAUAUGCACCAGCAAGUCCUACACCAAGAGCAGAGUUCUUUGCCACCAUCAACUCCAUUAUCCGGGCCACGAAUAAUUUGGUGCUGCUAGGGGACUGGAAUGUUUCCCUUGAUGAGGCUCUCAGCGGGAACCCAAGGAUAGCAGGCAGGAGGGAUGCAACGACCCUAUUGGAGUUUGUCCAGAAACACGACCUCACAAAUCCAUUUCGGUCCCUAAAUCCUGAGGACCCGGGACUGACCUGGUUGGCGGAGUGGGAGAAAGUGCAAUUGGAGAAGCACACACGGUGGGAAGAGAUGCUGCGUGUGAAAGGGAUCAUUGUUCACGAUCGGACGACCCGGGAGACCUUCCGGAAACUGCUGCCAAGUUACUCCUUCCAUCAGGUGGUCCUGCUGGACCACCCCUUCGACCCAGGGGCAAUGCAGGCUACAUCGCAGGAACAGAUGUUGGAGUAUGCUAAACUUUACUACUCCGACAUCUUGACGGCAAGGAGAGUGCAAGACACUUGUGACACGGAUUUGUCGCUAGAGCGGAAUAUGUGGGAGGAUACUACAAUGAGGGUGAGAGAGGAGGAUAGACUGGUGUUGGACAAACCAGUGAUAGUGGAAGAAUUGAGGCAGACGCUGAAAGUCAUGGCCGCCGGUAAGUGUCCAGGGAGGGAUGGCUUAAGGGUAGAGUUCUACAAAGCCUGUUGGGCAGCAGUGGGGCCGGCGUUGGUAGAGGUCUACAAUGAAGUGCUACUGGAGGGUAAGCUGGGAGAUUUGAUGACCUAUGGGGUGAUCGCGGUCAUGUUUAAAAAAGGAGAAGGCAAAUAUAAGGAAUUAUCGCCCGCGGAAAACUUGGACCUGGCAGUAUUGCUGUUGGACAUGGAGAAGGCGUAUGACAGCGUGGGUUGGUCCUUUGUUCUCACGACCCUGAGGAAGAUGGGAUUUGGGCUGGGAUUUUGCAAAUGGGUAGUGGCUAUGUACACAGUGGCGACCUCUUUGGUCCAAGUCAACGGUCAUCUGUCAAGGCACUUCGAACUCUCUAGGUCACUGCGUCAAGGGUGCCCGCUGGCCCCGCUGCUGUUUGUCCUUCAGCUAGAGGUCCCCCUCAACUGCAUUCGGAGACAUCCACGUAUAAGGGGGCUCCAAGUUGCCAGAGACCGGGAAUGCCGCGCCAAGGACCUGGCUGAUGAUCUGUUUUUAAUCUCGGCCAACACAGCAGAGUCCCUGUGGGCCUUGAGAUCUGUAUCGCUGGACUACUCGCUACUGUCAGAAGCCCAAGUGAACUGGGGCAAGUCGACGUUUCUGCUACCAGAGGGAUAUGAACUGCAGGUGGAGUGGGGGAUGAAGCGGGUGGACCCAGAGACAGGGGAGCGGUUUCUAGGUGUGAUGGUAAGUACCAGACUCAUGGGGCUAGUGCAGGGCCACAUUCUGCAGCAGAGAGUAUUAGCGAAGCUGGGGCUUUGGGGAUCAGCAUGGCAUUUGUCACUGUAUGGGGGCGCGCUGGUCAUUAAUGUAGCGCUUGACUGUGAGGGAAUUAGCAGCGUCCGUGAUAGCAGAGAUCAAAAGACUGGUGACACCGUUCCUGUGGAAACCUAAGGCGCAGACAGGAGAGGGUUUCAUGGUCAAAGUGGCCUGGGAGUUGGUUACCUUCCCAAAAGAACAGGGGGGACUAGGCCUGAUUGACCCACAUCAAAAAAAACAGGCUCAGGAAACAAAUAGUGUGCAAUGAA